GGAUAUUUUGAUACGGCCGGACGCGGUACGUAGAUAUAGAUCGACAUCAACAACAACAUAGGAAACUUCAAACGCACGGUAUUUUCUUGAUUCUAUUUUUUUUUGGUGGUAAAUAAACCAUACGGAACUACGGUUUUAUGUCAAAAGUAGCAAGAGUGACCAGAGCAGAGUGUGGUUCUGCAUGGAACAAUAACUGUACUGGUACUCUGCCAAAAGAUGGAAAAUCGAGAUAAGCAACGACUGAGGAGAAAUCGCUGUGCUUUGCUGGACAUCGAACCUAGUAAAGUUUCGGAUCAUCUAAUUCAGGAGGAGGUUUUCUCUCCCCAGAUGAUGGAGGAAAUAUUUGCGCAAUCUACAGCUAAAGGCCAGAUGAGUAAAAUGCUAAAUGACCUGGAGAAAAGAGGACCCAAUGCAUAUGGAAAGUUCAGAAAUGUGUUGUGUGAGUUCCCUGUGUAUGAACAUCUGGUCGAGAAGUUGGACAACACCUCUCUGCCAGUCGACUUGGAUGAAGUUGAUGGACAGCCUGUGAGACAGGAAAGUUCAAGAACUGCGGGGGUCGUAACUGGAAGGGGUCAGGGUAGAAAUGUUACCAUAACAGGUAACAACAACUUUGCCAUAAUAGGAGGUACCAAUUCUAACGUAUUUAUGCAUUAAUGGAGUUUCUGGUUGGAAAUCGGUUGCAGAUGUUGAAGCCUUAUCUUUGGGGGAAUUAUACCCCAACACUACUUUUGAUUUUGAUGUUUAUGUCAGAGGUGCAUUGGGACAUGAUCUUACUCACUCAAAGUUGAGUUUUUAUUCUCCUCAAGAAGAUACUCAACCCAGCUGGCUUUAUACAGUUGUCCUUUUAAAGGCAGGGUGUACAUUUUGUAAUUACUCCACUAUUUGUAGGGCACCUCUAUAAUGGCGCAGUGUAAAUUUUUCUGUUGAACCUUUUAUAGGGUCACAUUCAGAAUGACGAGAGACAUGAAGGGGAAGGUUUCAGACUCUUCCUUCAUCGUCUCUGGAAUGCAGACAAAUUAUAAUGGUUUUUAACUUACUCUUCGUUUCAAUUGCAAACUAAGGUAUAAUGUUUAUGGAUAAGAAUUAGACAGUUUAAAGGCAUGGACACUAUUGGUUAUUACUCAAAAUAAUCGUUAGCGUAAAAAAUUAC